AUGCACGGGACUCGGUUUCAACGAGUAAACUUCGCCGUUCCGUUGGUUUCGGUCACCGUGACUCGACCAGACGACGAAGACGACACGACCAACCACCAGUCGGUGGCUGUUGACCCAGUGGAAAUCGAUUUUAGGGAGUUGCAGUUUUUCAGAGCCCGUGACGACGAUCGUCCAGUGGACAGAUGUUCGCCUAAGCCCCCCGUGAGAGCUUGUCGCUUAUAG